CAAUCAAAUUGGGCGUUGAGAUCUAGGUAAAGUUGUAAACACGUUCUCGGCGGUGAUGAUGAGUUGUGUGUGAAAUUUGUGCGUGCAUUUCCAUAUUGUGUGCUUUCUUUGCAUUUUUGGUUGCUUGAAUUGUUUAGAUAAGUGUCCCAGUGAUAUUCUGCGCUGAAGGUUAUAUUGCUUUCGAUAGCUAGAUCGCAAGGAAAAUGUCUGCAGCAAUGGAAGUUAGUGCAGAUGUUCAAGAUGGCGUUUCCGAAGAGAUGGUGAAUGGAGAUAUCGAGGAGGACGCAGAUGGACUUGCAGAACUCUCUAAAGACUUGUCUUCAAGACCCAUUCGCAAAGCAAAAAGACUUUUAGGAAGACAAAGUCCAGGAAAAGAGGUUGCUGCUGAGGGUGCAGCUGGACAAGCUAAGAAAACACUACCCCCAACUUUGGCUAAAAAUAGCAGGAAGUCUCGGGACGGACGAGGCCGAGGAUUACCGAAGAAAGGUGGUGCUGGUGGAAAAGGGGUGUGGGGUAAACCAGGAGAGGAAGUGAAUGAAGAUGGACAUUGCCAGGACUCCCAUGACCCGAAUUAUGACUCAGAGAGUGAGGAGGAAUACCUCAUUGAGGAAAUUGACCCAGAGGUGACUUUGGAAGAGCUGGAGAGGCUCUUGGAGCCUGCUGUUCUCGAGUACUAUGAAAACAACAAUGCGCAGGAGUUUGUGAGGUCGUUGGAAGACCUGAACCUUGGUACAAAGAAACCAAAGCUGGUCGAGUACUUGGUCAGCAAAGCAAUAGACCACAAAGCAGCCCACUGUGAGAUGACAUCCGUGUUGUUGUCUGAGCUGUACAGCCGUGUCCUUCAUCACAAUGAUAUUAUGAGUGGAUUUGAUGACCUUUUGGGAAAACUCACUGACCUUGUUUUGGAUGCUCCUCAUGCCCCUGAAGUUGUUGGUAAAUUUAUUGCCAGGGCUGUUGCAGAUGACUGCCUGCCCCCUAAAUAUGUUCAAGGGCACAAAGGAAAAGCAGACUGCAAGAACAGCGAAUGGUGAUGCUGUUACAGGAGUACUUAUCAUCAGGGGAUAUUGCUGAAGCAACAAGAUGUCUUAAAGAUCUUGAGGUGCCGCAUUUUCAUCAUGAACUUGUCUACGAGGCAAUAAACAUGGUGUUUGAAAAGUCAACGGACAGGGCAGCUGAAAUGAUGGUGAAGCUCCUUAAGUCAUUGUCAAAUGCAAUCAUUGUCACACAAGACCAACUAAAUCAGGGAUUCCAGCGUAUUUUUGACAACAUUGCGGACAUUUGUUUGGAUGUCCCUAAUGCAUACUCAAUUUUGGACAAGUUUGCCACGUUGUGCCACAAGGAGAAGAUAAUUGAUGAUGCUCUUCUUCAGAAAGUACCACAAAGGGGCCGUAAGCGAUUUGUUUCUGAGGGUGACGGUGGAAAAGUCAAGAAUUCAUAAACUUCAAGCGGUCUACCACCAUCCAAUUCAUCACAUUGGUGUUUGGAUUAUAAUGAAGAGGAAUUUUUAAAAACCUGUUUGAAAAGAGGUUUUUUUUGGUUAUCUUUCUUGUUCUUUUCUCUCCCUGUCUGUUUUCCCUUGAUUUUGAAAAAGACGAUGCAGUGCUCUUUUAUUUUAAGUAGUAAUGGAAAAAAAUUGCCAUUGCUGUACACCAGGCUGCAUUUUUUUAGUGCACAGGUGUAAACAUUGGAUGGAUUUGUUAAGUACAAGUAUGUGAUGUAAUUGUUAUGCAAAAUCUCGGCACUGAGUCUGGAGUGACUAUUAUCGCUCAGAUCAGUACUGACUGUUGUAAAAUUACCUGAUUAUGUACUAGAAUAUAUAUAUAUACAUGGGAAGUGUAUGAAAGAAUCAGGGUUCAUUGUGGGCAUUCAAAAGUAAUGUUUGGGUUGUCAAGGCUACUUCAGUUGCCUUCAGGGAACUCGACAGGUUGGCCUGACUUGGGUCCGUUUUCUCUGUUUAUUUCUUGGGCACUCUGCUGCCACAGUAAUGUUAAGUGCUUCUCUCCUGUCUUUAAGGCGAGGAUUAGAGAAGCAAAAGACAAGAAUGUAAGGGUUUCAGGUUGUUCCUUGGGAACAUUGGCAAGGUCAAGAAAUAUAUAGUGAAAAAUGACAAAGGAAUUAUCUUUGUUAUUCCAGUUACGUUCAAACUUUAAGUGUCAGAAUGUGUUUUUUGGGAACAAGAAUUUUUGGUUACUGUAAUUUCAUAAUUCUAUUUUUUAUAGCGUAGCUGAACCAUAUGUAUACAUUAAAAAAAGUAUUAUUUGUUUAUUAUUGACUUGGCACACAUUGUCUUUUAAUCCAAUUUUUUGAAGUUUACUUUGUUACCCCAGUGAUAUAACCCUCUGAUGAGAAGUUUGGGAGUUGUUUGUUGGUUUUUUGGGUUUUUUUUUUAUUUCACAUGUUGGGUUAGCUUGUGUAAACAAGGAAUGUGAGAUCUGUAUUGUUUGAAAAGGCUUUUACGCGGUUUGAUAUAGUGAAAUGCAUGGGAAUGCUACCUACAGUCUUUUAAACCUCUGACUUGUUGUGUGGUGUUACCAUUAAUAUGAAUAGAUUAUGAGCUUGAUUUUUUUCCCCCAGUGUCGUUACAUCAUGGAAAUAAUUGUAGGCUUUUUUUUUUUUUUGCUUUUAAAAAAAAAUAUUAGGAUUUGGUCAAAAAGGUUUAGAUCUAGGCUUGAACAGAUGCUUUGAUCCAUGUGUUAAGGAUUAUAAUUAUUAAUGUGGUGCGUUUUAUUUGACUUGCUCAUAUUACCCUCUCAAGUAUUUAAGUUCUUUUCCUUUACCUUGCCGUAAUUAUUUUAAUUGUGAUAAUUUGUGUUGUUAUUAUUGUGCUAGUUGCGGUAGUACCAAAUAUACUUUGAUUGUGGCUUAUUAAUUGAAGCGUUCCAUUGAGGAACUUUGAAGACUUGUCUUGGUUUGAAAAGUUCCAUGUGUUUUCCCAAUUGAAAAAAACUGAUGAAUUUUUAAAGUGCAGAUGUGCACGUGUGUGAAGUGUGUUUUGAUUGCAAAAAUAUACUCUUCUCUUAGAUGCGUAUGCUUUCACCGUCUUGUAGAUGGGAGCAAGAUGUUGGAUCUAUUAACCACUGUGGAAGUAUUGAUUUUAUAUAUAUGGUCAUGUAAUGUGAACAAACUGAGUCCACGCCACUCGAUAUUGGAUUGAUUGCGCCUGAUGCAAGGAUUUGUUUAAUUUCUUCAAAAGAUGAAGCUACUUCGAUUGUUUUUCUUUUUUGCUCUUAAGUGUAAGUGCUCUGGUCUUCAUUGUUACUGUCCUGUGGUGGUCAUAUGUAUGGUCUUUGAAUAUCAGUAUCAGAAGGAGAAAUAAAAUGUUCGUGUUGAUGUUUGAAAUGUUUUUCUGUUCUGAAGCUGCUGGACGAGUGGUACAACUGCACGAUGGAACUGGCAGUAUUUUACGAAAUGAGUUGAAUCUAAAGAUGAAACCAUUUGUUUACCAAAACUUCUGCAUUUUGAGCUUGAAUUUUGAUUUUGCUUUUAAAAGGGCUUCUCGGUCUCUUAGCGAAUAGCUUCAUGAAGUAACAAUGUGUGUUGUCUUUACUCAGCAUUUUUGCACUUUUUGUAUUUUGAAUAGUGUGACUGGUAAAGCAAAACCCUCAAAUUGUUUUUUUUUUUUUUUAGUUUGUUGAAGUAUUUGAUAACUUUUCAUUUGUAUAGUGUUGAUUAACGUUUUGUGGUAGAAAAGGUGAUCACUACUUUUCACCAUUUGUAGAAAAUGUAAAAUAUUUUGGCUUAUCGGGUUUCAUUUUCUUUCAUUUUUAGUUCUCAUGUGAUACUUUCAAAACAAAAACCAACGGAAGCCACUUACACAUCAUUCACCUGUCUCUUAUUUUUAGCAUCUUCUGAUUUUUUCAUGUGGAGUUUGGCCAUUACAUAUGUUAAUAAAAAUAAUGAUGAUGUUCUG